CGUCCUAAUCUUUACAAUCGCUACAAAGCCAGUUUACAGUAAACCAGCAAGCUCUCAAAAGUGCAUGCGCGAUGAUAAAUUCACAAUGCGCAUGAUCGAAUUCGAUAGCUGAGUAGCAACGGGUCCUGGCUCUUUUAAGAGGGUUAGUUGGUCGUGAAUUCCCUAAAGUGCAACAAGCCCUUUAAGACAAUAUACACACUUAUACUUGUGAAUGGAGAGGAGUUUUCUGGGCGGUUUGAGAUCUUUUAAAACCGGUGCCAAAUUCUGCUUUGCAUUGUUAAUCUGAAAGGGUUAUGUGAAAUGCUGUAUGCAAGCUUAUACUGUCAGUUGUUGAGUCUGCUGCGGAUCGUAACUUGAGAAAAGCAACUGUGUACUGUGUGGUGCAGAUUCGUGGCACUUGUGGAGACCGUUAUUCAGUAACCACCCACACUUCCAAAAACAGAAGUUUGGUGAAGGACCAGAAUGCUAGACUGGCAUGAUCCUUAUGAGGCAUUUAAGAUUUACGGGAUUUCAGCUGUACAACUCGAUAAUGAUGGCUUUGAUCAGUUAGUGUUGCACCAUACAGGAAACCUCGAUAAAUAAACAGGGUUGUAAGAUAUAAUGUGAAUAUGCGGUGUCUAGCAGCACGGGUUAACUACAAGACUCUCAUUAUCAUCUGUGCACUGUUUACCUUGGUCACUGUACUUCUGUGGAACAAAUGCUCUAGUGACAAGUCCAUUCGGUUUCCUGGAGAUCCCCAUUUAUUGGAACAUGGCUUCCGAGUGGAAGGACUGGAGAAAAGAGCAUCUGCGUCGGAAAGCAAUAGCAAUGGCAACCAACUGGUACCUCCAAAACAGCAGUCUGAGGAGUCUCCACCACAAGAGCAGCAGAGAGCACCCCCACUGGUGGGAAUGUUAAACAACAAUGGGAAUAAAGUUUUAGGACUGAAAUAUGAAGAACUUGAUUGUCUCAUAAAUGAAGAAACAACAAUCAAAGGGAGGCGAGAGGGCAGCGAAGUGUAUCUGCCAUUUUCAUGGAUUGAGAAAUAUUUUGAGGUAUAUGGAAAGAUUGCUCAAUAUGAUGGGUAUGAGAGAUUUGAAUUCUCUCACAGCUACUCUAAAGUGUAUGCCCAGAGAGGCCACUAUCGCCCAGAUGGUGUAUUCAUGUCAUUUGAGGGUUAUAAUGUAGAAGUCCGAGAGAGAGUAAAAUGCAUUAGUGGAGUGGAAGGUGUGCCUUUAUCUACGCAGUGGGGACCUCAAGGCUAUUUCUACCCAAUCCAAAUAGCACAAUAUGGGCUGAGCCACUACAGUAAAAAUCUAACAGAAAAAGCACCUCAUGCAGAGGUUUAUGACACAGCUGAAGAAAAGGAUAAAUCCACCAAGACAAAUGCAUGGAUUGUGCCAAAAGGAUGUCUUUUAUCUUCAGUAUUUGAUCAUUCCAAGUUCAGCAAUGUGAGGCAUUUUAAUGUACCAGAAAUCUCGGAAGGAGUGUCCUUGCCACUUGGGAAUACAAAAGAUUUUAUCAUUUCAUUUGACCUUCGAUUCAUCACAAAUGGAAGUGUGUCUGUGGUGCUGGAGACAACAGAGAAGAAUCAGCUGUUUACAGUUCACUAUGUUACAAACACACAACUCAUAGCAUUUAAAGACAAAGACAUUUAUUAUGGGAUUGGGUCCAGAACUAGCUGGAGUACUGUUACGAGAGAUCUUGUCACUGACUUGAAGAAAGGAAUUGGAUUAUCUAAUACAAAGGCUGUUAAGCAGACCAAAAUAAUGCCAAAAAAGGUUGUUAAAUUGAUAGCCAAGGGGAAGGGCUUUAUUGACAACAUCACUAUAUCAACCACUGCCCACAUGGCAGCUUUCUUUGCUGCAAGUGACUGGCUUGUGAGAAACCAGGAUGACAAAGGUGGCUGGCCAAUCAUGGUAACGCGUAAACUAGGAGAAGGUUUUAAAUCUUUAGACCCUGGCUGGUAUUCUGCCAUGGCUCAAGGUCAAGCCAUUUCAACACUAGUAAGAGCCUACUUACUUAAAAAAGAUAUGUUUUAUCUGAAUUCAGCAAUUCGAGCAACAGCUCCAUACAAACUCUCAUCAGAGCUCCAUGGUGUAAAAGCUGUUUUUAUGAAUAAAUAUGAUUGGUACGAGGAAUAUCCAACAACUCCCAGCUCUUUUGUUUUGAAUGGUUUCAUAUAUUCCUUAAUAGGCUUGUAUGACUUAAAAGAAACAGCAGGAGAAAAACUUGGUAGAGAAGCUAAAUUGCUGUAUGACCGAGGUAUGGAAUCUCUGAAAGCCAUGCUUCCACUGUACGAUACAGGCUCAGGCAGCAUCUAUGACCUUCGACAUUUCAUGCUGAAUACAGCACCCAAUCUUGCACGUUGGGACUACCAUACCACCCACAUAAACCAACUUCAACUGCUAAGUUCCAUAGAUGAUUCCUCAGUUUUCAAGGAAGUCAUCAAACGUUGGAAGAGUUACCUUAAAGGUGGCCGAGCAAAGCACAACUAGAGCUUUCUACCAAACUUUUUUUUUCUUUUUUGCUAAAAAGUAAUCCAAUAUUAUUUUUCCAUUCUUUUACUUUUUUAACUUUAUGGGAGUGGGCUUAUAUGUUGUAGUUUCAUGUGAGGUUCAGUUAUCUGUUGCUGAGGGAUUAUUCUAAUAACUGAGUCUUUUGGAGAUAUCUAGGUCUAUGGAAUGAAAAAGAAGUAGAAUCUGUUUUACUGAUGAUUCGGUGUAGGUCUUUUUGUGGGCAGUAUGAUUUUCUCUAUGCAUGCAUGUACCCCAAUGUUAUGCCUGCAUUCAGAACUAAUUUUUUGUCAUCUAAACUCUGAGGCUAAAAUGCUCUGCUUAUUGGGUUGUACUAGACUUGCUUUAUGGUACAUCAAAACUGCAGGUGCUUUCUGCUUGAUGUCAGUUUACACAUGUUUAUGUAGGGAACCUAGCAGAUUAACAGUAGAAGAUGGCCUCAUAAUAUUUCCAUUCCUGUUUCUGCCUAGGUGAGGAUUUUUGCACAUAGUAUACCGUUUCUGUUAUGCCAAUUGUUAUAACUGGCAGUACGUAGAAAAUUGAUUUUGUUAAAGAUGCAGUACCAACCAUUCAUGUUUAUGCUGUUGCCAGUGUAUUGUACAAAGCUGUGCUCUGUGCAUUCAGGUGAGUCAUAGUAAAUCUCUUGAGUAUUAUUAUUUUUUUUUGUAAAAAGUAAAUAAUUUAAUGAUAGUGAGAAAAAGAUGUGCUUUUGUCCCAUUGUGUAAGUGCUUAUACACUUUCCUGUGCAAGGCAUAUACAUCAACUCUAGAAACGAGGCAUGGCACCAGCAGAUUGUUGCGCAUUUUAUUUACAGCCAGGACUAUAAUUUUCCCAGCCUAUUCACAUGUGACAGGUUUGCUUUUUGGGUGAUACUUCAACCUUAGCAGAACCAAAUGCUGUACGCUAUAAUAUGUGUUUCUUCAUCUCAGUGUUCAUUGUACAAGGUUUCUAGGUCACUGAUUUUGUACUGGUAUCAUGACCAAGAUGGUUAGGAAUUUGGAUUAGGCAUUUUGUUAUGCUGUCAGUAGAUAAGCACAAGUAGAUGCAGAACUGGACACACACAGAUCAGAUGAAAAUAACAUUCUUUUUGAAAUGUGUACAUUGCUAUACAAUUGUGUCCAGGGACUGAUAAUCAAUUUAUCCACAUGUAGAUGACUCUUGUUUUUUUUCCUGUAUUUUUGUAUUUUGGAGCUGUGUGGAAUUGUAUUGGGAUAUUUCAUGUAUUUUGGUAACUUGCUUUGAGUGAACUGUUUUGUACUUACAAAUAUUGAUCUAAUUUUGUAUAGAGGGAUAAGGGUUAGCACAAAUGUUUGUCCUUAUGUAAUUAUUAUGUAGUCCAUCAGAAGUUGUUUGAUACUUUCUCUGUGAUUAUGAUAAAUGAUUUUUGUUAAACUCUGUGAAAAAAGUGCAUAAAGGAUAUACAAUUUAGAAUGUUAAAAUUAUCUAUAUGUAUAUGAGAAAAACAGGUGCAUUUCUUAUCGUUUUAAAUUAGCAUCAGUAUAUGACUGAACUUUAACAUGCCACAAAAGUCCAGUUUCAUUUUAUUUUAUUUUAUUUGCUUUUGUCUGAGGCAGCUUUCAGCAGGUUAUUAAAAUUAAGUUUAAACAUUUGAUUUGCUACCCUAUAGAGUGAGGGUUUCCUCUCAAGCUUUGUCUUGGUGGCUUUAAGUAGAGGGGGAUCUGUUUAUCUGUCACAGUAUCCUCCAGAUGCUCAGUUACAUAGCUGAGCAGUUUGAAGUUGCUGAACUUGUCAUUUGAUGCCACUGUGUAUUUUAUAUGGCCUUUCCAAGUGUAGCAUUUGCAGAUUUGCUAUUGAGAUUUUGCAGCCUUCUGUGGUGGUGUUUCUGGGUGACAGAAUUGCAUUGUCUGUGCAAUUUAGGCUCUAUAUAGAUGUAUCAACAGUUAAUGGCAUAUGGACCAUUUAAUCGUGUCAGCAAGCAUAAAUGGCACAUUGCCAAACUGGGUUUAUUAAAAUAACUUUAAUGUGCCGUAUCAUGAAAUAUUUAAAUGCUUCCAUUACUUAAAAAACUUUUCUGUAGCAUUCUAUGAAAGGGUCCUUAACCUAGCAUUAAUCUCUCAAACACAAUAUUUUUAUAAAAGUUGGUCUUGA